GUCGGUAGCAGUCGCCAGCUGGUCGCCGGCUUGAUCUGCUGGUCCGCGCUCGGUGUUCACGCGCGUCCGUCGACGACAUCGCGAGAGCUCCUGCUCGUUAGCUCCGGCCAGCUAACCGUGGACCGUACGAGCGCCGCGGGGCCUCGUCGAUGCGCCGACCUCGCGAACGCCGUCGUGAGCCUCGGCCCUCGUCACAGCGCGUCCUCGGGACGCGUGGCUGGUGGUAACGAGCCGAGAAUCGAAGACGAGGAGGGAACGGCAUGUCGUCGGUCUUCUCGAAGCUGGUCGACCGCGCGUCCGCGCGCUACAACAUCGGCCAAGAGACGCUGACGCGCGGCAUCGUCGGCAGCGCGAUCGCGCUCUACCUGCUGAAGCUCGGCUACCCGUAUUUGGCGGCCAGCGUGAAGCGGCAGCUACUGCGACAACGUCACCAGCGACGGCAACAACUACGGCAGCAACGAUGUCAGAAAGGAGAUGGAGAUCCGGAGAGCCACCGCAGCGGUGAGGUCUCCGGCCGCGAUGGGAAGAACGGUGUACUCGCGCGCGGUACCAGCGAGGUCGCGCUGUCACCGGAAGACGCGGCCGGAAGUGCCGCCGGCGACACCGGGAAACCGUCGGUCGGGCUGGACCGCGCGUUCCUGCGGCAGCUGCUGAUGCUGCUGCGGAUCAUGGUGCCAGGAUGGCGCAGCCGCGAGACCGGUCUGCUGGCCUGCGCGACCCUCACCUUACUGGCGCGCACCUUCCUGUCGGUUUACGUAGCCGAACUGGAGGGCCAGAUCGUCAAGCGGAUCGUUUUGCGCGAUGUACAGGGCUUCUCGCACAUGCUGGCCCGCUGGUUCGCCAUCGCCCUGCCCGCCACCUUCGUCAACUCCGCCAUCAGAUACCUCGAGGGCCGGCUGGCGCUUAGCUUUAGGGAACGUCUGGUAAAGUACGCAUACAAGAUGUACCUGAGUCAGCAGACUUACUAUAGGGUAUCAGCUUUAGACACUAGGCUCGGCGGGGCCGAGCAAAGACUGACGGAUGACCUAUCCGAACUAGCCAGUUCUGUAGCGCACUUGUACUCUAGUUUAACCAAGCCGCUGCUCGACUGCGCCUUGGUGGGCAUCGCUCUUAUCUCCUUCUCGUCUAAAAUGGGCGCGAAGACGAUACCAGGUCCGUUACUGGCGGCGGCGGUGAUUACCCUGACCGGGCAGGUUCUGCGCCUCGCUUCGCCGCGAUUCGGUCAGCUGGUCGCGGAGGAAGCGGCGCGAAAAGGGAAGCUGAGGGAAGCGCACGCCCGCAUCAGCGCCCACGCGGAAGAAAUCGCCUUUUACGGCGGCCACGAUACGGAGCAUCGCUACCUGAACACCGCAUACAAAUCCCUGGUGUCGCACCUGCAGCGUAUACUCGCCGUCAAACUAUGGUACGUCAUGCUGGAACAGUUCCUGAUGAAAUACGUGUGGUCCGGCACUGGCCUCCUCGUCAUCGCUAUGCCGCUGCUCUACAACACGGCGGUAUCGACGAGAACAAUCUGCGAGAACACUGACGGCGGCGUGAGCGAGCGAACAAGAUACUUGACCACCUCGAAAAACCUCCUGAGCUCCGGUGCGGACGCUGUGGAGCGACUGAUGUCAUCUUACAAGGAAUUGGUCGCGUUGGCAGGCUACGCGGCACGGGUCAGUGAGAUGUUGGAUGUCUUCAAGGACGCCGCGCUCUGCAAAUAUAAAAGGAAUGUUGUCACGAGCGGCCCAUCUAGACUUGCAAACGGUAACACGCAACAAUCCGCGGAGAAGAUAAUCGAGUUCAGCAACGGCACCCCCGUGAUAAAAGGAAUUGUUCGCGAGAGCACAGACGGCAGUAUAAAGCUGAUCGACGUACCCAUAGUCACGCCUAAUUGCGAAGUUAUCGUGCCUAGCUUAACGAUCCACAUUAAGCCAGGUGACCACGUGCUUAUCACCGGACCCAACGGGUGCGGCAAGAGUUCUCUUUUCCGCAUUAUUUCGGGCCUCUGGCCGGUGUACGAUGGCACAUUGAUCAGACCGGCCGAGAUGAAGGCCCAGUUCGAGGAAGGUAGACCGGCACUGUUUUACAUCCCACAGAAGCCGUACAUGACGGUCGGCUGUCUGCGCGAUCAAAUCAUCUAUCCGGCGCAGUCCAGCACUUCGCACAACUGUUCGGACGAGGAGCUGCUGCAAUUGCUGGACGACGUGGACCUACGCGGCCUGGUCGAGCGCGAACCCGAGGGCUUCGACGCCCUGGGUGACUGGGACUCCACUCUGUCGGGCGGCGAGAAACAACGGCUAGCGAUGACCCGACUCUUCUAUCACACGCCGCAAUACGCCCUGCUGGACGAGUGCACAAGCGCGGUCAGCCUGGAGGCCGAGGGUAUAAUGUAUGAGACCGCUAAGAAGAAGGGCAUCACCUUGAUGACUAUCACGCACCGUGUGGCUUCUCUCGCCAAGUAUCACAAGCUGCUACUGCGUUUCGACGGCGAAGGCGGCUGGACAUUCGGCCCGUUGGAUCAGCAGAACCUGUUGGCACCGCCGAAUCGCGAGCUCAAAGUGGAAAUGGAGGAGGAGACGAAAACGAACCAUUACCAGAUGUUGCAUGAGCUUCGCGGUAUACAUCCCGAAAACAGCUACGUGGGAAUCAGUUGAAGACUAUGAUCUAUAGAAAUUUAUACAAAAAUUUUAUGUUAAAGAUAUACUAUAUAUAUAUAUAAAUAUAAGAUAUAAGGUAUAUAAUUAACCUACAUAUCAUAUCUAUUUUAUAUGUGGGAUAUGAAAUAUAUAUAUACAUUUCAAAUCCCACAUAUAUAUAUAUAAAUAUAUAUAUAUAAGUUACGCGGGAUUGACGAUAAAAUGAAUUGUUGUGGCAAUGCGUAUAGUUGUAUAUGUACAUAUAUAUAUUUUUCCAGGAUUUUUCGCUGUACAGAAACGCAGAAAGCUAUUUUUUAACCCGAUUUUAACAUGAGCAGGUUCACAAGUUGCUUAGUUUAUCGUAAGUGCCUUAGGAAAUAAUAAUAUAUACCAUAAUUACGAAGGAAAAGAAACUUGUUGGCCCCCGAGGGCUUCCACGGCUAUAGACGAUUUCUCGAUUUACGUCGAAUAUUUUUGAUAAUGCCGAUUAAACGAUGAAAUGUGCAAAAUAUAGUGGAUGAGAAAGA